GACCGGGAGGGUGUCUGUCUCUUUCUGUCUCAACCAUUUCCCCCCUUCACUCAGGACCCCUUUCUCUCUACAUCUCUUAUCACCGCUUUGCUCAGCCACCUUCCUUCGGGAGGUGCUGGAAAAGCCAGCAAGGGGAAUUUACCAGGAGGAUAAUGACCAAAAGUCCAGCUUGCAGUCAUUUUACAUAACUGAUAUUAUUUUUUUUCUUCAAAAACAAAUACAGUGGAGUACAGCUACUUCAGCUCAGGGUGUCCCCUUUGUUUCUUCUGAAGAUGAGGAGGCCUCGGUUGUUACCGCUAUGCGCCCUUCUGGGUGUCCUGUUUGCAGGACUCCUCCCUAAACUUGAUGCUCAGGAAGAGCAAGAUUCAGCUGACCUAGUACUCUUAAUUGAUGGAUCACAGAACGUUGGAGCAGCAAACUUCCCCUUUGUGCGUGAUUUGGUUUUGAGAAUCAUUGAGCCCCUUGAUGUGGGCAGGGACGCUGUUCGGGUGGCCUUGGCUGUUUACAACGGCAACCCAGAGAUAAAGUUCUAUCUAAAUAGCUAUGACAGCAAAUCGUCAGUCCUGGAAGCUGUGAAGGGCCUUCCCUACUCAGGGGGCGACGAAUCAAACCUGGGGGCUGCCUUGGAGGAAGUGGCCGAGAGCCUCUUGAGCCAAACAGCUGGGGGCAGGGCAGACGAGGGUGUGCCCCAGAUGCUGGUGGUUAUCAGUGCUGGGCCAUCCACUGAUGAUACUGGUGCUGGUGACCGGGCCCUUAAGAGGGCUGGCAUUAUCACAUUCGGCGUGAUGAUUGGUGACACUGCCACUGCAGAUCUGGAAGCAGUUGCUACAGACAAAAGUUUUGUCAUGUCAGCCCCUGAUUUCAGAACAGUGGCAAACAUGGGUGACCAGCUGCUCCCAUACAUUAAUGGGGUGGUCCAGCGCUCCAUUAUAGUUCAGAAUGAGUUCACAGAAGUCUUGACAGUCGGAAAACGAGACAUCAUUUUCCUAAUUGACAGUACAAUGGGUGCAACACUGAUCAACUCUGUGCGCGAAUUCAUCAAGCGGUUUGUUGACGUCAUGCCAAUCGGCCCAGACCAUGUUCAAGUGGGUGUGGCCCAGUUCAGCAAUGCCCCUCGACUUGAGAUGGAUCUCAACUCCCAUGGAUCCCAAGAGGCUCUAAAUGCUGCUUUGGGUGCUAUCAAACCAAGACCUGGACAGACCGUCAAUAUCGGAGCAGCCCUGGAUUUUGUGCGGACAAACAUGCUACGGCCUGAGAAAGGCAGCCGUAUUCAACAGGGGGUACCCCAGCUUUUACUGUUGAUGACCAGUAAAAGGUCCAGUGACAAUGUGGAAGUACCUGCUGCGGCCUUGCACCGUAUGGGCGUAUUGACUCUGGCUGCAGGCUCCAAGGCUGCUAAUGAGCAGGAGCUGAAACAAAUUGCCUUUGCUGAAAGCGUUGUGUUCAUGUUGAAGGACUUCCGUGCACUACUCCGCAACCCAAGGGCAAUUGUUGAUGCACUCUCCACUCUAGCUGGGGUGGUGGUGACUGAAGUACCCACUGAGCCAGUGGUGGAGAUAACCACAGUGCAGACUCAAAAAGUGGUCCGAGACAUUGUCUUCCUUGUGGAUGGCUCAAACUACAUUGGCAGCUCUAACUUGCCCUAUGUGAGAGACUUCAUGAUCAACGUGGUCAACCAGCUAGAUGUACGUCCUGACAGAGUCCAGAUUGGUCUCCUGCAAUUUGCUGACAAUCCAAAUAUUGAAUUUUAUUUGAACAACUACCGCAACAGGGAAGAUGUUGUGAAUAGAAUCUCUCAGCUCAGGCUGAUGGGAGGCUCAGUUUUGAAUACAGGAGCUGCCAUGCAACAUGCCCUUGCCACAAUGUUCCAGCCAUCAACCGGGUCACGCAGGAAGCAGGGGGUCCAGCAGGUCUUGGUUCUGAUCACAGGUGGUCCACCCAAUGAUGAGGUGAAAAGUGUGGCUGAUAAGUUGGCUGUGGCUGGGGUUCUGACCUUCACAGUCAGUUCUGGGCAAGCAGAUGAAGCCCUCCUGAGAACAGUUGCCUUUGUUCCAGAUUUGGCUUACCAUCACGCAAGCUUCUCGAAUAUACCCGCUAUGGCUGAAGUAAUCAUGCCAAAGUUGGUAACAGUGGUUGGUGAUACAGAUACAGUUAUACCAUUCCCUGAGGAAACCACAGAAAUUACUGGACCUGCUGUUGUCACUGGAGCGGAAAGGGAUGUUGCCAUCCUCAUUGAUGGCACAGACAGUGUUCGAGGAGAGUUUGCCUACAUCCGUGAUUUUAUCAUCAAAAUACUUGAGCCACUUGACAUUGGGACUGACAGAGUAAGAGUUUCAGUGGUUCAACACAGUGAGAAGCCAGCUCCAAUUUUCUACUUUAACACUUAUCAAACCAAAGAAGAGGUGCUUAGAGCUGUCAAUUCCAUGUCCCCGACUGGUGGACGCAGUCUCAACACAGGAAAUGCUCUAAGAUUCAUGAGGGACACCAUCUUUUCUGAAAGGAAUGGUGGUCGGGGUGCACAAAACGUCCCUCAGUUUAAUAUCAUAUUGGCUGGAAGCAGGUCCAGAGACAAUGUGAAAGAUCCAGCCGGUGCGCUGAAGACGGACGGAGUCAUACCAUUUGGUGUUGGCGUCAAGAAUGCAGACCCAAAGCAGAUUGAGGCCAUUUCACACAACCCUUCGUUUGCCUUCACUGUGAAGGAAUUCAGCGAGCUCAGCACCAUACCAUCAAGGGUCAAUAACUACUUGAGCCUUCCAAAGGAACAGCUAGCCGUGGUCCUACAGCAAGCAGAGUCAGCAGGACCACGGAAGGAUAUUGUUUUCCUUGUUGAUGGAUCUGAUGGUGUUGGACGAGAAUUUCCUAUCAUCCAGGAGUUCAUCCGCAGGAUCGUGGAGAGUCUCAAUGUGGGCGAGAAUAAGAUCCAGAUUGGUGUGGUCCAGUAUGGGGACUUUGCUCAUGCUGACAUGUAUCUGAACUCAUAUACAACCAAAGAAGGUGUUUUGAAUGCUGUAAGGGGAAUGAGACAGCGAGGAGGAAGACAGCGGAACCUGGGUCAGGCCUUGCAGUUUGUGAGUCAGGAUGUUCUGACGGCAGCACGCGGAAGCAGGAAGCAAGACGGUGUACCACAGUUUGUAAUCGUCAUCGCCAGUGGAUCUUCAACAGAUGAUAUCAGUCGUCCAGCAUCUUCCCUAAAACAAUCUAGAGUUCUUCCCUUCAGCAUUGGGACCAGGGAUGUUCACCCUACAGAGCUCCGGGUGGUGUCAUAUGUGCCUAAUUUUGCCUUCACUGUAGAUGACCUCCCUAGCCUGCACACAGUCCAAGAAAACUUAAUCACUACUCUCACUGAACUGUCAGAUGAUGACAUUGCCACGAUGCGUCCAGUAUUCCCAACUCCUGAUGCAGCAAUCACACCCGCAUCCACAGGAGGAGAAAAGAGGGAUGUCGUAUUUCUAAUUGAUGGCACGACAGCCAUGCGUAGUGAGUUCUCUUCCAUCCGUGAAAUGAUAAGAAGAGUUGUGGAGAAGCUGGAUGUAGGAUUGGAUACGGUCCGAAUAUCAGUUGUGCAGUACAGCGAUGACCCAAAAUUAGAAUUUCUUCUGAACGAAUUCUCCACCAAAGAUGAGGUACGCCAGGCUGUGAUGAAACUUCGAAGCAAAGGUGGAAACAGCCUAAACACAGGUCGUGCUCUUGAGUGGGUCUCCAGAAACAUCUACCAGAGGUCAGCAGGAAGCCGCAUCGAGGAUGGUGUUCCUCAGUUCCUCAUCCUAGUUACAGGUGGCAAGUCUACAGAUGACGUAUCCACUGCAGCCGACCAACUUAAGAGAAACCUGGUUGCCCCUCUUGCCAUCGGCUCAAGGAAUGCUGACCCUGAUGAACUGAAACAGAUUUCCCUGAAGCCUGAACUUGUAUAUACAGUUGACAGUUUCCAGCAGCUUCCAAGAGUGGAGUCACAGCUCAUUGAUUCUGUCAAAAAAAUUUCCACCGCUGAUAUAGUCGCUAGUUAUGCUCCUUCAGUAGAUUUAGACCCCAUACAUCUUGGGAAAAAAGACAUUAUCUUCCUUAUUGAUGGUUCAGACAAUACAGGUGCUGCUGGCAUUGCUCAUAUCCGCGACUUCAUCCUCCAAAUUGUCCAACAACUCGAUGUGCAGCCUGAUCAAGUGCGUGUGGCUGUUGUCCAGUAUGCAGACAGAGUUAAAACUGAAUUCUCACUCAACUCACACAACAACAAACCAGCUGUUAUUUCUGCAAUCAAAAGACUUCGUCAGAUGGGUGGUCGGUCAUCAGACCUGGCUGAUGCCAUUAACUAUGUUAUGCAGAAUGAGUUAAAACCCUCUGCUGGUGUUCGUCUCACUGAGGCCUCCCAGCAUCUCGUGGUUCUGACAGGCGGACGGUCAUCCCAAGAUGUUUCCAUCUAUGGACCUCUGCUCAAGAGCUCCCGAGUAAGCUGCAUCGGUGUUGGAGCUGGUGGUGCUGACACAAGGCAACUAUCCCAAAUUGCCACCACCGCAGAUGAUGUUCUUCAGGUUCCUACAAUUUCUGGACUGUCAGCACUCCAGGAUAGGGUUAUUACCAGGUUGAGUGGGACUAUCCCUGAGGAACCACCCACAGACUACACAGAUAGCCUGCCAACUAAAAAGGCUGAUAUUGUGUUUUUGGUGGAUGGUUCCAUCAAUUUGGGCCGGGACAACUUCAAAGAAGUGAUGGCAUUUAUCAUCAACCUAAUUGACCUGUUCUACAAUGACAAAGACAACCUGCAGAUUGGCCUAGCACACUAUGCUGCAGAUGUGACUGAUGUCAUGUUCCUCAACACAUACAAGAACAAGCAAGACAUUAUGAAUGCCAUUGAACUAACAGAGUACAAAGGUGGACGUAAAAUCAACAUUGGUGCAGCCAUUCGCCAUGUUCAAGAUGUUCACUUUACCAAAGAAAAAGGCAGUAGGAUGGACGAGGGCACUCCUCAGAUCCUAAUGGUUAUCACUGGAGGGCGCUCAGCUGAUGACAGCAAAACAGCAUCCCUUGGUUUGAAGAAAAAAGGUGUGAGAAUCUUUGCUGUAGGAGUGGGCAACACUGGGAAUGAGCUAGAAAAUAUUGCAAGUGAGUCUUCCACUGUGGCUCGAGCAAGCACCUUCCUGGAGCUUUCAGAGCUCAAUGAGCAAAUCUUGGAGACUUUGGAUGAUGAAGUGAAGGGGAAGCUUUGUGUUGGUGUGCCAGAUGUCCCAAAAACCUGCAACAUAGAGGUGUUGGUUGGCUUUGAUGUUAAUGGCCAGAACAUCUUUAGUACUCAGACCAACCUCCAGAGCAAGAUGGGCACCAUUCUGCAGAGGAUUUCCAAAAUGGCAGCUAUCAGUUGCUCAUCUGGGCAGAUUCCCUCUGUACAAGUGGGCAUGCUAGCCAUGGACUCUGCCUCUGAGCCUGUCCAGCUGGACUUCACAGACAAUGCUGAUGAGCUCUUUGAGGCCUUCAGAGCUUUGCGGAAUCGUGGCCCCUUUGUCCUCAAUGGCAAAACCAUCUCAGCUUACACCAAUAGGUUCAAGACAAGACAGGACAAUGUUGUCAAGGUUGUCAUUCAUUUGACUGAUGGUCUCGAUGCCCCAUAUGCUGAAAUGAAAAGGCGAGUUGGGGAGCUGCAGAUGUCAGGAGUGAACAGUUUUAUUCUGGUUGGGUUGGAGCGGGUGGCCAAGUUUGAGGAGGCUUUGAUGUUGGAAUAUGGCCGUGGCUUCAGGUACACCAGACCAUUACGAGUCAAUAUCAUGGACUUGGACUAUGAGCUUGUGGAAGAACUGGACAAUAUUGCAGAAAGAGAGUGCUGUGAAGUGCCUUGCAAAUGUACUGGUACCAGAGGAGAUCGUGGAGCAGUUGGACUUCCAGGCAAUAAGGGUAGUCCAGGAUUUGCAGGAAGCCAAGGACAUCCUGGAGAUGAGGGUGGACCUGGAGAGAGAGGUCCCCCUGGUGUGAAUGGAACACAGGGUUUCCAGGGAUGUCCUGGACAGAGAGGUACCAAGGGUUCUCGUGGGUAUUCAGGAGAAAAGGGUGAAGUUGGAGAAAUUGGUCUUGAUGGCAUCAAUGGAGAGGAGGGCAAAAGUGGAGUGGCUGGACCCCCUGGAGACAGAGGACAACCUGGCAGAAGAGGUGCCAAAGGUGCCAAAGGACAAGCAGGAGACAGAGGAGAAAUGGGAAUCAGAGGAGACCCUGGUACAAGCGGACAAGACAACAACCGUGCAGGACCUAAAGGAGACCCUGGUGAUGCUGGACCAGCGGGAGAUCCUGGUGAGGAUGGAAAGAAGGGAGGACCUGGUGAACUUGGAAGAAGGGGAGGUGAUGGCAGAAGAGGCCCACCUGGACAGGCUGGAAUUCCCGGAAAGGCAGGAGCUGAUGGUGUGCAGGGAGAGCCUGGUAUUGGAGGAUCUAGAGGUCCAUCUGGACCAAAUGGUGCCCCAGGACCCAGAGGAGAGGACGGUAACCCUGGACCCAGGGGUCCUGGAGGUGACCCAGGUCCCGGUGGAGAUAAGGGCAGAAGAGGACCUAUUGGUCGCAAGGGAGAGCCAGGAGAGCCAGGACCUAAGGGUGUUGUUGGACCUCUUGGCCCCCGUGGAGAGCCUGGUGAAGAUGGUAGAGACGGGUUUGGUGUUGCAGGGCCCAAAGGAAGAAAGGGUGAUGAAGGCUUCCCUGGAUUCCCAGGACCAAAGGGAGCAGCUGGUGAGCCCGGCACCAAGGGUGGACCUGGACCCAUUGGAAAUCGUGGACAGAGGGGUGUCUCUGGGGAUGUGGGUACACCUGGACAGAAAGGAGAGGUUGGAUAUCCAGGGCCAUAUGGUCAGAAAGGGCCGAGAGGACCAGGUGUUGUGCAAUGUGACCUGGUCAAGAAGAUUAGAGACAACUGCCCUUGCUGUUAUGGUAAGCAGGAAUGCCCGCUCUACCCCACUGAGCUGGCCUUUGCCCUGGAUGUCUCUGAAGGUGUCACCCGUGCAGUUUUCAACAACAUGCGUGACACAGCCCUGCGCCUGGUCAAAGACAUCACCAUUGCUGAGAGUAACUGCCCAAGAGGAGCUCGUGUUGCUUUGACCCUGUACAACAGUGACGUUGUCACUGAGGUCCGUUUCGCCGAUGCGUUGAAGAAGCGUGCUCUGACGCAGCGCAUUGAGGGACUGCAGACCCUACAGACAAGCAAGAAGCGCAGUUUGGACACGGCCAUGAGCUUUGUGGCCCAGAACACCUUCAAGAGGGUACGCAGUGGCUUCCUCAUGAGGAAAGUGGCCAUCUUCUUUGUCGGUGCGCAACUCGGUCAGGUACAAGCAGUUACUAAUGCAGCUCUCCGCCUCCAUGAUGCUGGAAUUGCCACUCUGUUCCUUGUCAACCGUGAGGAAAGAGCACUCACCAGAGCACUGCAGGUCAACAACACAGCCCUGGCCGAGGUAAUUGUCCUUCCCAACCCUGGAAGUGCACAGUAUAAUUCAGUCAUCCAAAAGGUUAUGAACUGCCAUAUCUGCCUAGAUGUCUGCUCUCCGGACCAAAUGUGUGACUAUGUGCCCCCAUUGAUCACCCGAGACAGGAGGUCUUCCACCACAGACGUGGACAUCGACAUGGCAUUCGUAAUUGACAGCUCUGAGUCCACCUACCCAACCGUCUUUACUGAGAUUAAACGCUACAUAGCUCAGAUAGUAGAACACCUACACGUUUCUUCAAAUCCCACAUCGUCCCUUCACCACGCCAGAGUGUCAGUGAUCCAGCAAGCACCUUACGAGUACCUCCACAACAAGACCGGCUCUCCCAUCCGCGUGGAUAUUGGCUUGACUGAGCACCAGUCAGCUCAGGAUAUUGUCAGAUUCCUGCUGGACAAAACACCGCAGUUAGAGGGUGGCCGGGCGCUGGCAAAGGCUAUCGAAUCAACAGUGGAGCUGGUGUUUGAGAAGGCGCCUCUCCCACGUGACAGGAAAGUACUGAUGCUCUUUGUGACAGGAAGCGUGGAAGAAGAGGAGGAGCAGCUGGUGCGUAUCGCCACUGAGGUCAAGUGCAGAGGCUACUUCCUGGUCAUCAUGGGUGUGGCUGAUAAGCUGAGUGCUAGAGAUACUCGCGUCUUGUCUCGCAUGGCCAGUGAGCCAUCAGACGUCUUCUUCAAAAGGCUGGACAGCAUCUCGAACUUUUAUGACAAGCACCUUCAGACCUUUAGCCAGCUGCUGCCAAAGUAUAUCAGCAUUGAAAACGCUUUCUACAUGUCCCCCGAGGUCUCCAAAAACUGCAAGUGGUUCCAGAGUGACCAGCCACUAAAAAACCCCUUCACAUCAUCACAACAGCAGGAGAAACAUCAGAAGCAUCAUGAGAACCAGCAAGCAGUUCAUCAAAGAAAGCACAAAGACGCAGAUGAGCUUCACGUCUUCAAUGUCACUUCCAGUGGCUUGAAGCUGCGUUGGAACAGCGCCGACCCCAAGCUCUUCGUCUACUUUGAGGUUGUGGUGACACGGUUGGCCGAUCACGCUCUGGUACUGAAGACCAACGUCUCCGGCACUGAGCUCUCUGUGGACAACUUACAGAGUGCUCAGACGUAUCAUGUCGUGGUCACCGCCCACACCGCAGAGGGUCAAAUUGUCUCUACCCGCAAAGGCAUCGUCACUACCAAAGCAGCAGAGCAUAAACCAGUCAGCCACAGGACCAGUACUGUAAAUACCACACCACUGGACAAACCAGAAACUGUUAAUGAGUUUGCAGACCCAUGCUCACAUGACUAUGACCCUGGAAUGCCGUGCAAAGACUAUCAGGCUAAGUGGUUCUUUGACAGAAAGAACGGGAUCUGUACACAGUUCUGGUAUGGAGGUUGUGGAGGCAAUGACAAUAGGUUCGACACUGAGACCCUCUGCUUGAAACACUGCAUGAGGUCAGAACCAGAACCUCAGCUCAAGGUGAGGCGGGGUGAACAGGUGGAGAUCCUCCCGGCACCUGCGGCCUUCACAGCCGUGGAUAUUUGCCAGCUUCCCAAAGAGGAAGGUACUUGUGCCAAGUUUGUCCUCAAGUGGCACUACGAUGCCCCCAGCAAGACCUGUACACGUUUCUGGUAUGGAGGCUGCGGCGGAAACCAGAACCGCUUCAACACACAUGAUCAGUGUGUGAAGGCUUGUGGAAAACCAGCAUCCGUCAGCCAAGGAGUCAGUGCUGAAAUAAGAACAUAGGACUGAAGAGACAAACAUGGCCAGUUUGUUUUACCUCUGUUUAGGGGAUUCUGAGAAGAAACAUCCAAAAUGGCCGCGCUACAAAGAUGCAAUACCAAAGCAACGGUGGCUGCACUGGAUCCACGAAAAUGGACUUCAUACCCAAAAUUCUUGAAGUAGUCUUUUUCACAGCAAGAAGGAAGGCAACACGAUUUGCUGCAUGAUUUGUUUUAACCUACUGGUGCUACAUAGUAUGUUUGUUUUACAGAUGAAGUUUGUUUAAGUGCAUUCAGUUUUGUAAAGUCAAGUUUUCUGGAACAUCAUAUGAGUUUUCAUAUUUUUUAAAAAUGCAGUUUUAUAAUGAAACAAGAAACGUAUAUGAAUAUCUUGGAACAGAGAUUAGCAAUAAAUCAGUACAUGCAGGCGUUACGCAGUGCAGUAAUCUUUUUUAUGUUUUGUUUUUUUUUUUUUACAUUCCACAUUCACAUAGCAACAUAGGCUUUUAUUGAUUUAUGUUGUUUUCAAGCUCACUUGAUUCCUGUUGAAUCAUUCCUUCACUAUUUUUACAGUCACAGAAUCUGCAGCAGUGUUUACACAGGUCUUGUAAGGUGGUGUGUGUAUUUAAAAAGACAGUGACCAACUGCUUGGAUGCAAAAAAUAAAACAAUAAUGUAACACAAAGUGCACUUCCGGAGCCACUGCCUCAAAAACACAAGUUCCGGCUGUUGAGAAAUGGAAUGUACUUGUCAAGCUGUUUUUUAUUUUUGUUUUAUCUGGUUUUAUUGAAAUUUGUGUUUCAUCUGGGUGUAGGGGAAAUAAAAAUGAAUCAGACUUUCUAAUAAACAUG